AUGGGUUUCAUCCAGUCUGAUACAAGGCCGAAAGAGGCAGAGAUUGGCAUAACCCUGAUGUUGGAACGUCCCACCGUUUCUGGGCGCAGCGUGCCGUCCCGGAGAGCUGCAGGCCCGGGGUGCAGACCGUGCGUGCGUGCGUGCGUGUGUGCAGACAGUGCGUGUCUGCGUGUGCGUGUGCGUGUGUGUGUGUGCGGGAGGAGGGCGGGCAGCGGCGCGGCGUGCCCGCUCUUGCCGCCGCUGCCGCGGGCGGGACUCUCCGGGCGGGGGCUCGGCGGGGAAGGGGCCGGGGCGCGGCGGGCGCCCCAUUGGCUCUCCCCGGCGGCACAUGUCGCCGGCCCCGCUAUAAAGGCGGCCGCAGCCCCGCUGCAGCCCGUCCUCCUGCCUCCGCGCUUCCCCAGGGACACAGCCAGCCCCAGCGCCGCCGCCGCCAUGGCCAUCGAUGCGUUUUUAGGCAAAUGGUGCCUCAUCUCCAGCGAGGGCUUCGAGGACUAUAUGAAGGAGCUGGGUGUGGGUAUGGCCAUGAGAAAAAUGGGAAGCAUGGCCAAACCAGAUGUUUACAUUAUUAAGGAUGGGGACACAAUCACCGUAAAAACAGAAAGCACCUUCAAAUCUUCACAGUUCAGCUUCAAGCUUGAUGAGAAAUUUGAGGAAAAUACAUUAGAUGGCAGGAAAACUCAGACCCUUGUCAGCUUAAAAGAUGAUGGGUCAUUGAUUCAGGAGCAGGAAUGGGAUGGCAAGAAGACCAUAAUAACAAGGAAACUGGUGGAUGGACAAUUGGUGGUGGAAUGUGACAUGAAUGGCGUCAAGUGUAUUAGAGUCUACCAGAAAGCAUGAGGACGUCAUCAAGUUCAGUAGGAACUUGCUACAAACAACUCAGUUCAGUGGACAGAGCUCCUUUACACUCCGUAUUUUCCUUUUCCCUGUUUUCUAGUAUUUCAAUGGACUGAGUAGCUGAGUGCAAUCCUUUUUAAAAGCCGUGAUGUAACUAUUAUGUAACUAUUCUGAACUUAUGAGGCUAUUAAAUAAAACUGUCAAAUAUAUGAAGUGGAAAUGUUACUAUAGAGGAAUUUUAAAGUGAGGUUUUAUAAAAACUCAGUUUGGUUUUAGGCUCUACUACAAACUGCCUUCAGUUCAAGAUAAUGCAAUAUAUGGCAAUGAACAGUUAAUAGUAAGCUGAAUUUUGACCAGCAUCCUUAAUUGCUAAGGUAGUAAAAUUUGAAAUAGAAAAAACAUUCAGAGUUCAGGCUCUAGAGUUGUUUCUAACUUGCAUGUUACAAAGCAAAUAGAAUUGGGUGGGUAUAAAUAAGAGAUAUGCUUUGUCGCUGUUUAAGUAGAGGAAUGUAUUUUCAGGGGUUAGUUUGUUUUUUCACGUUUCAAACCCACAAAUUUCUUAUCUGAAAAAAUAUAUACUGGUGAGCCAAUGGACAUGAUAAACUUAAGCAAACACAUACAUGCUUUACUGAAAGGAAGCCUUAUUUUGCGAAGACUCUUUGUUUUCCUAGCAAAAUUCUCAUUUCCUGUCUAGAAACAUUCUAAAAAUUCUUAACCAAAAUCUACUGAAAUACUGCCUAAAACUUAAAACCUCAUUUUAUUUUUUUUUUUUAAAUGGCUUGAAACACCUAGCAAUGGAGUUUAUAUGCUUUAAAGUGCCAUAAUAAAUAAUCGGAAAUAUCA